AUGUUACUUCUUACUUGCAAUAAUAUUUGUAGAUUAUGCAAGAAACCUUUAAAUAUUCAAUGUAGUAAAUUUGAAAAGCUUAUAUGCAAAGAUUGUGUCAUAAUUGAAUGUAAAAAAAUUGUAAAUGAAUCAAAAUGUAAAACUCAAAAUCAAGUUACUUGUAUUAUUUGUGACAAGGAAUUUUCUUGUGGAAGAAAAUUGAUUAAACAUAUAAGAACUCACACAGGUGAGAAGCCUUUUUCUUGUGAUAUAUGUAAUUAUAAAUGUAAACAAAAAAGUCAUUUAGUUAAACAUAUAAGAACACACACAGGUGAGACGCCAUUUUCUUGUGAUAUAUGUAAUUAUAAAUGUAAACAAAAAAAUCAUUUAGUUGAACAUAUAAGAAUUCACACAGGUGAAAAGCCAUUUUCUUGUGAUAUAUGUAAUUAUAAAUGUACAGUAAAAAGUUCUUUAGUUAUACAUAUAAGAACACACACAGGUGAGACGCCAUUUUCUUGUGAUAUAUGUAAAUAUAAAUGUAAACAAAAAAUUAAUUUAGUUACACAUAUAAGAACACACACAGGUGAGACGCCAUUUUCUUGUGAUAUAUGUAAUUAUAAAUGUAAACAAAAAAGUUCUUUAGCUAGACAUAGAAAAACACAUCUACAUAAGAUUACGUUCAAAGAUAAUUUUAAUUAA